AAUUGAAUAAAGAAAUUUUUUUGUGUCUUCUAAAAACCCUGGCUCCGCCCGUCAGUCUCUCUGUGCGCGCUAUCGGAGAGAGUAAUCAACUUCCGCCAUGCCUACCGUCAGCGUGGGACGGGAUCGUCUGUUUGCAGCAUUAGGAAGAACUUACACUCAGGAAGAGUUUGAAGAAGUAUGCUUCAGUUUCGGCAUCGAGCUGGACGACGUUACAACUGAGAAAGCAAUUAUUAGAAAAGAAAAGCAUUUGGACGAUGAUGCAGUUGACGAAGAUGAAGAAGUUAUUUACAAAAUCGAAGUUCCCGCAAAUAGAUACGAUUUACUUUGUCUUGAAGGGCUGGCUCAAGCGCUCCGUGUUUUCAGUAGGGAAGAGGAGGUUCCUACAUACAAGUUGGCCAACCUUAGUAAGGGGUCCAUGAUUAAAAUGCAUGUAAAACCAGAGACAUCUUCCAUUCGCCCUCAUGUUGUCUGUGCUGUUUUAAGAGGCCUUACCUUCACUGAGGCAAGUUAUAACAGCUUCAUUGAUCUCCAAGACAAGCUUCAUCAAAAUAUCUGCCGGCGAAGAACACUAGUUGCCAUUGGGACUCAUGACUUGGAUGCAUUGCAAGCUCCUUUCACAUAUGAGGCUUUGCCACCUUCAAGUAUCAAUUUUGUGCCUCUGAAACAGGUGAAGAACUUCAGAGCUGAUGAGCUCAUGGAAUUUUACAGAUCGGAUUUGAAACUGAAGAAAUUUUUGCACAUAAUAGAGAACUCACCGGUGUUUCCUGUUUUAUAUGAUAACAACAGAACUGUUUUGUCUUUACCCCCCAUUAUUAAUGGUGCACAUUCAGCAAUCACUUUGAAGACGAAGAAUGUUUUCGUAGAAUGUACAGCUACUGAUCUGACAAAGGCCAAGAUUGUUCUGAACACAAUAGUGACAGCGUUUUCAGCAUAUUGUGAAAGAAAGUUUGAGAUUGAACCUGUUGAAGUGAUAUAUUCUGAUGGAAAGUCAUAUAUCUAUCCUGAUUUAUCAAUCUACAACAUGGAUGUUUCUCUAUCAUAUGUUAAUGGUACAAUUGGAGUCUCUUUGGAAGCGGAAGAGGUUACUGACUUGUUGAAUCGAAUGCAAUUGCAUGCCAAGCAGUCUGUAUCAGGCGAUAUCACUGUAUUUGUACCUCCCACUAGAAGUGAUAUUCUUCAUCCUUGUGAUGUUAUGGAGGAUGUUGCAAUUGCUUAUGGAUAUAAUAAUAUCCCAAAGAGAAAGCCUGCAUCUUUGAAGCCACUAGCCUUGAAUGAGCUCACUGACCGCAUAAAAUUGGAGAUUGCAAUGGAUGGGUUCACAGAGGUCUUGACAUUUAUAUUGGGCUCAUGGAGAGAAAAUUUUGCCAUGUUAAAUCGUAAAGAUGAUAAAUCUAAGGCAGUGGUUGUUGGAAAUCCUCGAUCGUCUGAUUUUGAACUUGUUCGAACCAGUCUGAUGCCUGGUGUAUUGAAAACUGUUGGUCACAACAAAGAUCAUCCAAAGCCCAUAAAGAUUUUCGAAGUGGGUGAUAUAGCACUAUUGGAUGAGAAGAAAGAUGUUGGUGCGACAAAUCGACGCCAACUAGCAGCUCUUUUCUGUGGUGCUACCUCUGGAUUUGAGUUGAUUCAUGGCUUGGUGGACAGAGUUAUGGAAUCAAUUGGUGCUGCUUUUGUUCCUAUUGGUGACAACAGUGGGUACUUCAUAAAACCUUCAGAUGAACCCGAGUUUCUUCCGCGCAGACAAGCAAGCAUCAUUUAUAAAGGGAAGAAUAUUGGAACUUUCGGCAUUGUACACCCAGAGGUGUUAAACAACUUCGACAUUCCUGAUCCGUGCUCCUUUGUAGAACUUAACAUUGAGAGUUUGUUGUAGUGCCUAUUCUCUAACUAUUUAAUAUUUUUGAAUUGGGUUUUCCUAGUUGUUUCGAGUUUUUCGCUUUCAACCCAGAUCCUCUCAUUUCGCAUAUGUACACACAUAUUUAUGAAAUCAGUUCAUGUUAAACAAAAUUCCCAAACAAAAAAAAUACAUUUAUGUUGAACACAAAAAGAAACGAAAAAAGAAUAGCAUUCCUGGCAGGGUACAUAACAAUAGCUGUUAUCGUGUCAAUUUCAUAU